AUGUCUAAGCUGAUCACCGUCUUCGGCGCCACCGGGAACCAGGGUGGUUCUGUUAUCGAUGCCAUUCUCGCCGACUCUGAACUCUCCAAGGAGUUCAAGAUCCGCGGUAUUACUCGCGACACUACCAAAAAGUCCGCCCAAGAUCUUGUCAAGCGUGGUGUUGAUGUUGUCACGGCCGAUCUGGAUUCCGUCGACUCUCUCACCGCUGCCCUGAAGGGCUCACACACCGUCUUCCUGGUCACCAACUACUGGGAGACCAUGAACGCCGAUAUCGAAUACACCCAGGGGAAGAAUGUUGCCGACGUCUCCAAGGCCGUAGGUGUUUCGCACCUUAUCUUCUCGUCUCUCCACCACGUGAAGGACGAAACUAAGGGACGCCUUACCCACGUUCCCCACUUCGACAGCAAGGCCAAUGUCGAAAAGUACAUCCGCGCUUCCGGGGUCGGAUGCAGCUUUAUUCUCCCGGGAUACUACAUGAGCAACUUCACCCAGAUGCUUACCCAAGCCGAGGAUGGCUCUUACCAGCUAUUUUACCCUGUUGGUAACGAGGCUAAGUUCCCGCUGUUCGAUGCCGCUCAGGAUACCGGUCUUUUUGUAAAGGCCGCUCUCAAGCAUGCGGAUAAGCUAAAGAACAAGCAGGUUCUGGCUGCUGCCAAGUACUACACUCCUCAGGAAAUCGUGGAUAUCUUCUCCAAGGUCUCUGGCAAAAAGGCAGUCUUCAUUCAGGUUAAUGCCGAGCAGUAUAAGGCGUCCUUGCCUCCUGCUAUUGCUGAUGAAUAUCUUGAGAACCAACUAUUUGUGGAAGAACCGGGUUAUUACCUGGGCGAGUCUCUCGAGCCUAGCUUGAACCUUCUCGACUCCAAGCCCACUAAAUGGGAUGAGUUUGUGAAAAAGAACCUUUCUGCCUGGAAAUAA